UUUUUAGAAUAAACAGUGCCUAUUAAUUGACAAGUGGGCUGAUAAUGAUGUUUAUUACUCUGGAAGGAUAUCUCGAACAAGAUCACGCAAGGUUUGAAAUUCAAAUUUUUGUGAACAGUUUUCCCACCCAUUUCAUUUACGGUUUCCAUUGGUUGGGUGUGUGGUGCAAACAAUUCUAUGGGGAAUGCACAUGGUUCUCUAGCUAUAAAUAGGGCAACAUCUGUGUCCCAAUCUUCACAACUCAAACCCAGCAAAAUACAGAACACACAAGCAUUAAUUCUUAAACAUGGUUGGUAUGUGGUCCUUAUUCCGGGAGAUUGACCAGAGCAAGACAACAUGGGCAAUCAAAGCAAGGGCGAUAAGGGUGUAUCGUGAACCUGCCCAUGACUGCUUCCCAGAAUCAUUGGAGGUUGUUUUCCAUGAUGAAGAGGGGUCCAAGAUGCAUGCGCACAUCCCGGACCAGUUCGUCAACAAGUUCAUUGGCAUAUUUAAGGAGGGAUGUGUGUUUGCAGUUAAAAACUUUAUGGUUGAGGAGAACUACAUGUUCUUUAAAACUUCAACAAGUGCCUAUAGGCUCUGUUUUUUCAACAAAAGUGCUGCAUUUGAGAUCAGGGGAGUACCAUUCCCCAUAAGGACUUUCUCAUUGGUGUCUUUUGCUACAUUGCAAGCCCAAGACAACAUCGAUGAGAAAUGUGGCAUUGACCUUAUAGGCCAGGUUGUGCACGAUAAGGACCCAAAAACAAUUUUAAAGAAUGACAGGCCCAGAAAGUUGAUGGAGAUGGUUCUGGGAGACCCGGAUGGAAAUGUGAUCGCAUGCACCCUCUGGGGACCGAUGAUUGAGAUGCUCUUGACACACAAGCUUACAACAUCGGAUCCAAUUGUUAUGCUACUGCAGUGUUGCAAAGUUAGAAAGUACCAAGGUCAAGUUCAUGUUUCGAACAUGUUCAACACUACCAAAGUCAUUUUAAACGGGAGUGAGGAAGAAUUUGUUGAAUUCAAGUCAAGGAUGGCUGAAAGGUCCAAUAAGGGACUUAGGUUUUCAAUAACAAUGGACAACUCAAAUGAUGGGGACAUAGCCACUGGGCAGCAAGAUUUAAUCACUCUUGAGGCUCUUACAAAACUGCAGGAGGAUGGGAGGCACUGGGUUUACGGAGAAAUUGUGGCUAUAGACAGCCAUAAGGACUGGUCCUAUGUUUCUUGCAUCGGUUGUAACCGGAAGGUUUCACCUAACGGGGAUAGCUUUUGGUGUGUCUCUUGCAGUUCAAAUGAUGCUGUUCUCAGAUUUAAGGUGAAUGUUCGGGUUGUUGAUGGCACAACGCAUGCCUCCUUCUUGCUUUGGGAUAGGGAGGUGUCAUGCUUGCUGGGGAAGUCUGCAGCAUCACUUAAAGAACAAAUAUCUAGGAGGAACUUUGGACCACAUUACUUCCCAUCUGAGAUAAAUUCGCUCAUUGACAUAAAGGCUUUGUUUAAAGUGCAAUUCAAAAGAGAAAGCAGGAGUUUUAAGGGAAAUCAGACUUUCAGCGUUAUAAAGAUGAACACUGACCCUAAAGUUCUAGCACUUUACUCAUCUAGGAUAAAUGCUGUUGAGGAGGAAGAUGAGUUCACUAGACUGGCUAAGGAGUUUUCAGGGCCUGAGAGCGUGGCUGGAUCAUCACAACCAUCUGUGUCCAGCCCACUUCUAACCAAGGAGAAGAGGUACGCUUUAGAUGUGGACACUCAGAAGCUGAAAUGUAACCUGUUCGGAGAAUUUGAGGCUUCGACAUCUACAAAGAAGCUCAGAGGGAUGAAAAAGGAAUGAAGAUCAUGCGUCAAUCUAUGUUUACUAGACAUGUUGUCUAUGUUAUGUUACUUAUGUGUGGCAGUGUUUAUCUGUGUUUCAUGUAACGUGUGUAUAAUAAAGGCAGCUGUGGCUAACUGCUCCCUUGACCCUCUAUGGUUUGUUUUGGGCAAAUGUCUUUCUGAUUGACAUGUUUUUAGGCUACGGACUCCGCCAUAAGAGAGUACCGAUAAUAUGUAAUGGAGACGCAU